AUGCUCUGAUUUAUUUCUUUUUGGAUAUUACUUUAGUUUUAUUAUUAUAGCUUGAUAUCCAUAAUAAAGCGUCUAGGAGGUAAUCAAAAAUGAAUUAAUAAUUAUGCUUAAACUUUAUUUUUAUUGUCCUACUAAGCUUUUUCCCAUAUUCCCAAAGAUUUUAAUCAAUUGCAUCGAGCCAUUGCUUUCAAUGUCAAUCCGAUACUGUGUUUUUCUUCAUAAAGUUUUCCCUAAUCCCUGAGUAAUCCCAGAAAAACAAAUCCCAUAAAUAUAAAAACGAAUGGGGAACAAUUUCCAAUAAAACCAGCGCAGGACCAGUUCACCCUCGGAUGUGAUAUGAGCGCGUUAUGGGCGUAUUAUCGCUGAGAUGCGUGAAAUAUUAUCUUUGUCGCACCUUUUCCGCCCCCAGAGCACCCACACAAGGACAAACUCCACUUCGAACAUAUAUAUCUAUGUUUUUUUCCACCCCCAAUGAGGGAUUGCAAUUCAAUGCGGCUCGGGCUGUUGCUUUCUUUUUUGUGUCAUUCCCAGCUUUACUUUACCUUUUUGGGGGAGAGAGACUAAUAGCGAGAGAGUGCUAAACGGGCACGCUGUUGCUUUCGGCACACGCCUCACUGUGGGUCAAUUACAGAAAGUGACCUCUGGAAAUGAAAAGAAAAUUCAACGCGAAUUCUUUAGCAUACAUCCUUUUAUUUUUAUUAAAAGUAUUAAGUACGGCUUCAAGGGAACCUCAAGUUGUAUUCAUCUAAAAAUUGAAGUUAAUUCGGAACUUUUUUAUCUGUAGAUAACGCAUUGGAUAUGCUUAUUUUACAAAAAUAUACUGUUUUACCUAAACUAACAUUUAAUUAAACAAUCUUCUUCAGAUCUUAUAAUUAUUUGUAUUUUUUUGUAUGUACCCUACACUUAAGAUUGAUUUAAGGAUAAUACUAUAAUCAUUAACUUUGAUCUUCAAAACUAGUUUCUUAAGUUUAAAUGAUAAGCCCGUAGCGCACCCACUGUAUGCCCCCUGCCUGUGACGUCACGGCUUUAGCUUUUGGGUUAGCUCACUCCGACAGAUACAGACACACCGAGAGAUAGGAGGGAAGGUGAGAGAGCCACUCUUAUCAGCAGCGGCAUCGACAAAUCGAAGACAAAACAAAAGCCGUCAUUAAUCCCGCAGAGAAAGUCGAGCGCAUCGCUCAUCGCACGGAAUGCUGCCGCUGCUCCUGAUUUUUGCGACUCUCGCCAGGAUCGACGCCCACUACACGAGCGGGGAUGUGGUCUACCACUCGAUGCCGCAUUUCUGGACGGGCGUGGGCUUCUGUCCCGCCGGCCGGAUCGAUCACGAAGGGAUUAGCACCGCCCUGGGGUAUCCCGCCCUCCGGAUCAAUCUUCGCCAGAUUUCCGCACUGCCCGUGGGCGCGGUGACCCAUAUUCGCAUCCACUGGCUGCUUGAGCUGGUCCAAUUCUUGCAGUACGACCCCAGUGGAAUUCCGAUUUAUGAUUUCUCCAAGUUCGAUGAUUUCAUUGAUUUCCUGCACGAGGAACUGCGCCUGUCUCCGGUUAUGGAGUGGAUGGGCAAUCUGGGUGGGGUCUUUUUGGAAAACCCUUUGCACCAAGCUUUCUACUGGGAACACUUGGUUAAGGCCACGGUUAACCACCAGUUGGCUCGACAUGGGUCCUCCAGAUUAGCUAACUGGCGCUACGAAACUUGGAAUGAACCCGACCUGCGUGGGUACAACAAACUGAAUUUCACGGAUGAAUCCUACCUGGAUUACGUCCAGGCUGUGCGUCGUGGUCUAAGUAAAGCUGGAAACGUUGACGCCCAAGAUGGAAAGCUCCAGCUCCCCAUGUAUCGAUCUUUGCGAGGUCCUGCGGGUCUCUUUAAGGACCCCAACAACCAUCCGCUCUGCUGGAAGCUGUUGGAGCUAUGUAGCCAGAGAGUUGUAUAUUGUCCCAUCGAUGUACUCACUUUUCAUCGAAAGGGAGUCGAAGGAACUGCAACGGAGAUCGUAAAUGGUUCGCUAUCCUUGAUGGCAAAAAUCUACGAGGAGUAUCCCAAUCUCAAGCAACUUCCGGUGGCCAAUGAUGAAUCAGAUCCUGUGGCCGGUUGGAGUACUCCUCGAGAGUUUCAGGCGGAUGUUCGCUAUGGAGUUACCCUGAUUUCCACGGUGAUGCAGUUCUGGCAUGCCAAGCUAGCCGCUGGUCCUCUUAGCAGUUUGGAGUCGAUUAGUCAUGACAACGCUUUCCUGAGCUACCAUCCCCACGAGUUCACGCAGCGCACGCUGCUUGCCCAUUUUCGGAUGAACGAGACUAACCCGCCGCACUCGCAGUUCAUCCAGAAACCAGUCUAUGCUGCUAUGGGAAUGCUGGCGAAGUUGGGCAACCGAGCUGCGGCUGUGGAACUGGUCAACAUGGAUACCAAGCACAGCGUAGAGGUCCUGCGAACAGUGUCUGGUGGAGUGAGCGGUCCUGGGCAGUACAUGGCCACCAUAUUCCUGAGUCCCGAGGAGGCGGGACCAAAGAGGUCGGCCUUCCAUCAUAAGUACACGCUGAACAUGUCGAUAGCAAAUGAGUCGGCCUUUGUCACGGAGCUUCUGGUGCCACAGACCACAGACCCGUACUACUUGUGGCAGCAGGCGGGAAGUCCAGCGUAUCCCAACGUAACUCUAAGGGAAUCCAUGCGAAGGGCUCAAACUCCUAAGCUCUACAAGACGGGACCCAUCUGGCAGUACAACAGCGAGCUAGUAAUCAACUCUGCCAGCAUCCCUCUGCCCUGGGCGAUGCUGCUCCGGGUGUGUUCCGCAUCGUGGCCCAAGCUGCGCCGGCCGCAGCAACUCUCGAUCGCGGAGGUAACCCAUCGCGAGGUCUUCAUCAGCUGGAUGGAGCACCCCAAAUCCACGCAGUGCCUUCUUAGCUACGAGGUGUGGUUCAAGGAACGCGACAACCUGGGCCACUCCGCCGACUGGCUGCUCAUCUCCCGCGGCUGGCACCUGCCAUAUCCGUCUUUUCAGUACGCGCCCGGAGACAAGGGAUCCGUCAAUGGUUUCUACAAAGUUCGUGGAGUGGAUGUGUUUAAUGAAACCAGCCCAUACUCACAAAUAGUCGAAUAUCUGGAGUUGUAGUUCAACAAGCAGUUUAUGAAUUAAACAUACAUAUUUAGGCAAUGUGAAAGCAAACAUAAUCA